CCCACUCCUUGUUCCCUUUAUACACGAUUCUGUUAGCAGAUAGUUGAAACAUUGCCAGCUCCAGCCUUGUUUUUUUUUUUUUUUUCAAAUGUUGCAAGAGGCCAUUAACGUUAUGUAACAUUCCGGUUUCUUUUUUCCCCCUCCUAUUCAUGCACUCUUCACCUAUUUAGCGUCAAACUCUGCAGCCUGCCUGCAGGAAACAACUUGAGUUACUUCUUCGACUGACCUGUUGAAAUAAAAACUCCACCAUGAUUUUUCAAGGACUUUUAGAUCGACUUGACUUCACCAGUUGGUUGUUGUUGGGUUUUCUGCUCCUGAUUUUAAUUGACGUGGUGAAAAACUGGGCUCCUCACAACUUUCCCCCUGGACCCUGGGGUGUUCCGUUUCUUGGUAACAUCUUCACUGCUGUUGAUUUUAAAUCCAUGGAGAAGCUUACAAAGACGUACGGCCCCGUGUUCAGCCUGAGGAAAGGCAGUGAGAGGUAUGUGUUUGUUUCAGGGUACAAGAUGGUCAAAGAGGCUCUGGUUAAUCAGCUGGACAGCUUUAUGGACCGACCCAUUGUUCCUCUCUUCCAUGAUGUCUUCAAAGGUCUAGGUAUUGCUUUGAGCAAUGGUUACUUAUGGAAGAAGCAGAGAAAGUUUGCCACCAGUCAUCUACGUUACUUUGGAGGAGGACAAAGGAGUCUGGAGAAAUACAUUGAAGUGGAGUGCAACUUUCUCUGUGAGGCCUUCAAAGAGGAACAAGAAAGACCAUUCAACCCCCACUACAUGAUGAAAAAUGCAGUGAGUAACAUCAUCUGCUCUGUGGUGUUUGGACAUCGAUUUGAAUACACAGAUCCAAGCUUUCGCAAAUUUCUGGAGUUGGACAAUGAAGCCAUUGUUCUCUCUGGCUCACUUCAAGCUCAGCUGUAUGAUGUACUUCCUGGCUUGAUGACGUACCUGCCAGGACCACACCAGACGGUCCACUCAAACUAUAGGGAGAUCCUCUCCUUUUUAAAGAUGGAAGUACAGAAACACCAGGAGGAAUGGAACCCAGAUGAUCCUAGAGAUUAUAUUGAUGUGUACUUGGCAGAGAUGAAAAAGCACAAAGAGGACCCUCUGGCUGGCUUCAACACUGAAACACUGCUGCUUUGCACCCUUGACCUGAUUGAGGCUGGAACAGAAUCAGCUGCCAACACAUUACGCUGGGCCCUCGUGUACAUGAUGAACUACCCAGAGAUACAGACAAAGGUCCAGGCAGAGAUAGACAAAGUAAUUGGACAGUCUCGUCAGCCCACCAUAGCUGAUAGACCCAACCUACCCUAUACUGACGCUGUUAUUCACGAGAGCCAACGAAUGGGAAAUAUUGUUCCUUUGGGAUUACCUAAAAUGGCCAGUAAAGAUGCAACACUGGGACUAUCACUACAAACCUAGCCUCUGUGCUGUUGGAUAAAAAUGAGUGGGAGACUCCAGACGUCUUUAAUCCUGGGCAUUUCUUGGAUUCAGAGGGAAAGUUCCUCAAAAAAGAUGCCUUCUUACCAUUUUCAGCAGGUAAACGUGKGUGUUUAGGGGAGAACCUGGCCAAAAUGGAGCUGUUCCUUUUCUUUACGACUCUUCUCCAACGCUUCACCUUCGCUCCUGUUCCAGGAGAAAUGCCCAGUUUGGAGGGUGUGAUGGGCUUCACUUAUUCCCCAAAUGAGUUCAGGAUGCUGGCCGUGCCUCGCUGAUGGUUUUGCAACCACACAGCAAGCACCGCUGACAUUUUUUUUUGAUUCUUUUGAGUCCAGGUUGUUUAAAACCUCCAUGAAAUGGAAAACCUUCAAACUACAACCAUUCUUCUGAGUCCAGAAGUUGUUUUUUUUUGGCAUUUUAGACUUUGCUCUGAACAGUUUAAUGACUUUUAUAUGGUCAUUUUGCAGGUAUACGGACAUAUAGAGCAAUCUCAUAGAUUUUGUUUCAUGAUUUACAGGUUUUUCCAAAAACACAGUUUUAAAUUUAUGUAGGAUGUUACAAAAAUUAAUAACAUCAAAUAUCCAUUUCCAACCCACUCAGCUGCAAGAAAAAAGUUAUUCCGUCCUCCCUUCCUUCUGAUUUGCUGCAGCCGACAGUCCACCUGAAAGUUAAACAGAUUUUUGAGGCUCAUCAUACAGGUAAACGUCCGAAGGUGUUGACAUGUUUGCAACUUAUUUUGCACAAAAGUACAUGCAGGGAAAGAAAUAUUAAUUUUUCUAUUACAGUUAAACAUAAUAAAUCCAAAGGUUUCCACCACACUCAUAAUAACCAUUUAUCAAACCAGUGUGAUAAAAAUGUCCUACUGGUUAAUAAAGGAACUACACAUAGUUUGUAUGAUUAAGUAAAAAAUAUGAUUUGCUGCAUUUUUAACAUCUUAAUUUAUUUUGUUCUUUAAUAGUAAAACUGUUUUUGUCAGCAUAAAGUCUGAAAUGUGCCUCAAACAUUUAUCUACUUACUAUGUAACCUAAAGAGCAUUUUGUUCUCAUGUUACACAAGCCGUUCUGUGAACUUUGUAUCUUUUGAUAAUGUUUUGUAAGAUUAAACAGGUUUUUG